AUGUCGGACUGGGAUUCUGAUUGUGGCGAUGACUAUACACCGGUACAACAAAAUAUACCACCGCCUGAACAAAAUUUCCCAUCGAGAGGAAAUUAUUCUGUCAGAGGCCAAAGAGACGGUCAGUAUUCUAGAAAUUUUACUACAGCACGUGGCAGAGGGUAUCUUCGUGGUAAUAACAAAGUCAUAUCAAUACCCUCAACUAAAAUUGGGCGAGUGAUAGGUCGAGGAGGAAUAAAAAUCCGCGAUUUAGAAUAUGAGAGUGAAGCCAAAAUAAAAAUUGGCAAUUCAGCAGGUGACAACACAGAUAUCUCGCUAUUUGGAACUGAUUCUGCGAUUACAAAAGUUGAACAAAUGAUUAAAGAUCUUACUAUUGAUAAAGAGGCGUCUAAAAAACAGAAUGCACAGUCGGUUUCAGGGACUGAUUCUCAGGAUGGCAAGAUGGCAAGUGCAUGUCUAUUUACUUAUGUGAAUAGUGAAGGGGUUGAAGUUAUAGAUUUGGCUAAAGCAUCUGCUUAUGCUGAUCAGGUACAAAAAGAAAGGUGGGCUACAUUACCGCCUAUUGUGAAAAACUUUUAUAAUGAGGAUCCUACAGUUGCUGCAAUGCCCCCAAAUGAGGUUGCUUAUUGGCGCUUGUGUAACUUUGACAUUAAAGUAACAAGAAUAGCAGAAAACGUGGAAGCUGGGGCAAUACCAAAUCCCGUGCUGACCUUUGAGCAAGCAUUUAAAGAUUAUCCAGAAAUACUUGAUGAAAUACGUAAACAAGAAUUUACAAAACCUUCUCCAAUUCAGAGCCAAGCUUGGCCCGUUUUACUAAAAGGAGAAGACAUGAUUGGUAUUGCACAAACAGGAACUGGCAAAACUUUAGCCUUUUUGUUGCCUGCUUUAAUUCAUAUUGAAGGGCAGCCAACACCUAGAGAAAAGAGACCAGGGCCAACUGUACUUAUUCUAGCUCCGACAAGAGAAUUAGCUAUACAAAUUCAGAGAGAAGUCAACAAAUAUCAUUACAAAGGCAUUAAUAGUGUUUGCAUAUAUGGGGGAGUAGAUCGGCAGGAACAAAUUGAUAUUGUAUCAAAGGGGGUGGAUAUUGUUAUUGCAACCCCUGGAAGAUUGAUUGAUUUGAUCAAAGCAAAUCAUAUAGAUGCUUCCUACUUCUCCUAUAUUGUAUUAGACGAAGCGGAUCGAAUGCUAGAUAUGGGCUUUGAACCUCAGAUCCAUAUUUGUUUGUUGAAUGUGAGACCUGAACACCAAUGUGUUAUGACAUCUGCCACCUGGCCUUCUGCUGUUCGCCGGCUAGCUGACAAGUACAUGCACAAUCCUGUAUAUGUAAACGUCGGGUCCCUGGACUUAGCAGCAGUGCACACAGUUACCCAAAAAGUAAGGGUUGUUAUGGAAGAAGAAAAGGAUAGUAUUCUCCUUGACUUUAUACGUAAUAUGGAUCCUACUGAUAAAGUUUUGAUUUUCUGUGCCAAAAAAAGUACAGCUUCUGAUGUCACAGCAGAUUUAGCAUGUAAGGGAUUUUAUUGUGAAUCAUUGCAUGGUGACAGGGAUCAAAGUGAUCGUGAAGCAGCUCUUGAAGAUAUGAUGGAUGGAACAGUCAACAUUUUAGUUGCCACAGAUGUUGCUUCACGGGGGAUUGAUAUAAAAAACUUAACUCAUGUUAUAAACCUAGACUUUCCAAGGAAAAUUGAGGAGUAUGUUCAUAGAAUUGGGCGUACAGGAAGGGCCGGUAGGACAGGGAUAGCAUUAUCUUUAGUGACAAAACAUGAUUGGGCAAAUGCCGGUGAAUUGAUAAAAAUUUUGGAAGAAGCACACCAAGAGGUUCCUAGUGAGUUGAGAGAAAUGGCUGACCGUUUUAAAGCCAACAAGUCAACAAGGCAACAUGGUCGAGGUGGUCGUGGGAGAGGGAGACCACGCUGGUAG